AUGCCGCAUCAGACCAACGUUCAGAUGUCCGAGACCCAAGCCCGGUCGCGUCAGGGGCACCUUCGUGCAUCAUGGUGGCCACCGCCCCUAGGGCGGCUUAUGAAAUGGAGGAGCCCGAGCAUCCUAGACCAGGCUCACCACGAAAGCGUCGAAUUGUACUCAUCACUCGUCCUCAUGACCAGGAAUAGAUACUCGCAGACACGAAAGAACGACAGGAAGCCGCUCAAGGUCUUCCAGGCCAACGUCGGCAAGAUCCCUCCAGCUCACGACUGCGCUCUAGCACUCGCCGACUCGGAACGAUAUGACAUCGUACUUCUACAGGAGCCAUGGACAACUCAUACGAAAACUCGCUGUCUGACCAAAACGCAUCCUGCAUACGACACAUUCACGCCCGUCGAAGUAUGGGACAGUAACGAGACUAGGCCUAGAGUGAUGACAUAUGUCCGACGAGACCCAAGACUUCUCGCUGACCAGAUCCGACCCUUCCAGACUCGCGAUAUCCUCUGGCUCACGAUCAACGACAUGACGAUCGCCAACUUCUAUCGCCAGUAUGACGAGAGGGAUGCCCUAGACACGCUGCUUCGCUGGCCUGUUCCGGAGCGCUGCCUCGUUGCUGGCGAUUUCAAUGCCAGGCACCAUAGCUGGCAGACGGGCCUAGCGACGAACCGCGGCCACGAGAUAGCAGGCUGGGCGUCAGAGAAUGACCUCAGCCUCCUCAACACCCUAGAUAUCCCGACAAAUCCACACGGCAACACGAUUGACCUGGCCUUCACCAAUAUGCCACUGGCCGAAGCUACCGUCGAGGACCAUCUCGCCACCAGCUCCGACCACUUCACGCUCAGCUUGACCUUCCUCGACGUCAGAUCGACUCCGGUACAACCGGCCAAGAUCCGAGUUAAGACGAGAGACGAGCUUAAGCGGUUCGCCGAGAUUGUAGAACUGGGAGCCACGGAAAUUCCCCUCACCGGUUCGACCUCGGAAGAGCUUGACGAACUUGCGUCUGCACUUGUAAAUCUACUAACAUCAGCAGCGAAGGCAGCUGGCCGGCCCGCGCGGAAAGGCGGACGUUCAGCUCCCUGGUGGACGGAGGAGUGCGCCGACGCUGCGGCUGUUUUCCGAGCCAUCAGAAGAAGCUACCCUCUCGGCUUCAGCCAGGACGUUCAGAUCGCCAAAAGAGACUUUCAUCGUGUGACCCGUCGCGCGAAGAGGAACUAUUGGCGGAACCUCGUCGACAGCUUCUCCAGCAGUGCCGAUGUUUUCAAAGCUGUCCGGUGGCUGAAGUCCCCAGGAGCCUUUCAGCCGCCACCUCUACAAGUCGACAGCGUCGUCUACGAAACCCAGAUGGAUAAAGCCAACGCACUCCGACAGGCUACGCUUGAACGAAGAACUGCGGAGGACGACAUCGUAAACGCAUGGACACCAGUAUUUCCUUCUAGCCUGAUCCCUUUCUCGCCCGAGAUCUCGCUGGAAGAGGCGCAGUGGGCGACCGUCCAGACAGGCAACACAUCGCCAGGGUCAGACAACAUCACCGUCAAUCUUCUCCAAGCCGUAUGGCACAUCAUCGGGACACAUGUCCGCCGCUUGUUCGAAGGAUGCCUUUCCGCAGGCCAUCAUCCGAAACUAUUCAAGGAGGCGGAGGUGGUCAUGAUCGCCAAACCGGGACGACGCGAUCUCACAGAGCCACGGGCUUGGCGACCGAUCUCUUUGCUCUCCUGCCUUGGCAAAGGAUUGGAGCGGCUGAUAGCACGCCGUCUAGCAUGGGCCGCCAUAUACUAUAAUGUCUUGCAUUCGCAGCAGGCCGGAGCACUGCCCAAGAGGUCGGCAACAGACCUGGUGACCGCCUUGAUCCACGAUAUCGAAGAAGCAUUCGCACGCAAGAAGGUGGCCACCCUGGUCACGAUGGAUAUCCAAGGUGCCUUUGACACCGUCAUGCGCAACAGACUAGUCUUGCGUCUCCGUGAACAAGGCUGGCCCGACCAUCUGGCUAGAUGGGCCGAGUCUUUCAUGAUGGAUCGAUCAGCCCGGGCGACACAAUAG